AUGACGCGACAAAAUUUUAUUGGAAUGGUUAUAAGCACAGCAAUGCAAAAAACUGUUAAAGUUAGAGUACAAAGACACUUUAUGCAUCCCAAAAUACAAAAAAAUAUAACGAGACACAAGAAUUUCUUGGCACAUGAUGAAAAUCAACUUUGUUCGUUAGGAGAUAUAGUAAGAAUCGAAGCUUGUAGACCAUUAAGUAAAAUGAAAAGUUUUAUAGUUGCUGAAAUAAUGAGUCCUGCAAAGACUUGGGUUGACCCCGAAACUAAGGAAGUUAAACGAUAA